AUGAUGGGUGGUGGUGAUGUCCGUGAUGAUGGUGAUGAUGCCCAUGGUGAUGAUCGUGAUGACCAUGAUGGUGAUGGUCGUGAUGAUCAUGAUGAUGCCUUUCUCCUACUGGUACUACUGAUCGUUUAUGAUGGUGAUGAUGUCCGUGAUGAUGGUGAUGAUCAUAGUGUCCAUGGUGAUUAUGAUGGUCAUGGUGCCCAUGAUGAUGUCUUGCUUCUAAUGAGCGUUUGUGGUGAUGGUGAUGCCCAUGAUGGUGGUGAUCAUGAUGUCCAUGAUGGUGGUGACCAUGGUGAUCGUGAUGAGCUGUGUGGCAGAUGCUAUUACAUUUUUAAUGGUGAUGCCCAUGAUGAUGUCCAUGGUGGUGAUGACCGUGAUGAUGAUGAUCAUGGUGUCCAUGAUGAUGAUCAUGGUGCCCAUGAUGGUGAUGCCUUGCGUCAACUGAGCGUUUAUGGUGGUGGUGAUGUCCAUGAUGAUGAUGAUGAUGAUGAUGAUGAUGUCCAUGGUGGUGGUGACCAUGAUGAGGGUCAUGGUGUCCAUGGUGGUGGUGAUGAUCAUGAUGCCCAUGAUGAUGAUGCCUUGCGUCAACUGAGCGUUUAUGGUGGUGAUGAUGUCCAUGAUGAUGAUGCCCAUGGUGAUGGUGACCAUGAUGAUGAUGCCCAUGGUGAUGGUGACCAUGAUGAUGAUGGUCAUGGUGUCCAUGGUGGUGGUGAUGAUCAUGAUGCCCAUGAUGAUGAUGUCUUGCGUCAACUGAGCGUUUAUGGUGGUGGUGAUGUCCGUGAUGAUGAUGCCCAUGAUGAUGAUCAUGAUCGUGAUGUCCAUGGUGAUGGUGAUCGUGGUGCUCAUGAUGUCCAUGAUGGUCAUGAUGAUGUUUUACUUCUACCGAUCGUUUAUGGUGAUGGUGAUGUCCGUGGUGAUGAUGGCCAUGAUGAUGGUGAUCAUGAUGACCGUGGUGGUGGUGAUGAUGGUGCUUUGCUUGUACAGCUUUAUCGGCUCUACCAGAGACAUAAUCGCAAACUACGAAAAGGUGGUGAUGAUGACCAUGAUGGUGGUCAUGAUGACCAUGGUGAUGAUGCCCAUGAUGAUGAUGGUGAUCAUGAUGCCCAUGAUGGUGGUCAUGAUGACCAUGAUGAUGGUGAUGAUGUCUUUCCUCUACUGAACGUUUAUGGUGAUGAUGAUGUCCAUGAUGAUCAUGGUGAUGAUGAUCCCCAUGGCGGUGAUGGUGGUCAUGAUGCCCAUGAUGGUGAUGGUCGUGGUGGCCGUGAUGAUGAUGGUGAUGGUGCUUUGCUUCUAAUGCAUUUUCAGGUUUGCCAUAAACAGAAUCACAAAUAA